GCUAAUCCGUCUUUAUGGUCAUCUGUUCUGAUCCCCGUCGCUAUCGGAGCCCUCCUCCUUGUCCUCCCUUGAAGCCCUUCUAUAUAGCAACCACCGUCAGUGCAGCAGCAGAUCGGCAUUCACAGAGAUGGGGAAGGGCGGAGAAGGAAGCGGAGAUGGGGCGAAGGUGGAAGAGGAGAACAUGGCCGCGUGGUUGGUGUCUGUCAAUACCCUCAAGAUCCAACCUUUCCGACUCCCGUCUCUUGGGCCUUACGACGUUCGGGUGAGGAUGAAGGCUGUCGGCAUAUGUGGCAGUGAUGUUCAUUACCUCAAGACCCUGAGGUGUGCCCAUUUCGUUGUCAAAGAACCCAUGGUAAUCGGGCAUGAGUGUGCUGGGGUAAUAGAAGAGGUGGGCAGCGACGUGGAGUCCCUGGUUGUGGGUGACCGCGUGGCGUUAGAACCUGGGAUCAGCUGCUGGCGCUGCAAAUACUGCAAGGGUGGCCGCUAUAACCUUUGCCCUGACAUGAAGUUCUUCGCUACACCCCCUGUUCAUGGCUCCCUAGCUAAUCAGGUGGUACAUCCUGCUGAUUUGUGCUUUAAGCUUCCUGAGAAUGUGAGCUUGGAGGAAGGGGCAAUGUGUGAGCCCCUUAGUGUUGGGAUCCAUGCUUGCCGUCGUGCUAAUGUAGGUUCAGAAACUAAUGUGCUAAUUAUGGGUGCUGGGCCAAUAGGGUUAGUCACAAUGCUCGCAGCUCGUGCUUUUGGUGCUCCACGAAUCAUCAUAGUGGAUGUUGAUGGUUAUCGUCUAUCUGUGGCAAAAUCUCUUGGUGCAGAUGACGUUGUAAAAGUUUCUACAAACAAUCAGGACAUGGAUGAGGAUGUUGUUCAGAUACAAAAGGCUAUGGGCAGUGACAUUGAUGUGAGCUUUGACUGUGCUGGGUUUAGCAAAACAAUGUCGACAGCCUUGAAUGCCACCCGUGCUGGUGGUAAAGUUUGCCUUGUAGGCAUGGGACAUAAUGAGAUGACUGUCCCCCUUACUCCUGCCGCAGCAAGAGAGGUGGAUGUCGUUGGCAUUUUCCGCUACAAGGAAACCUGGCCACUAUGCAUCGAGUUCUUGAGGAGUGGAAAGAUUGAUGUCAAGCCUCUGAUAACACAUAGAUUUGGAUUCUCUCAGGAGGAGGUGGUGGAAGCCUUUGAAGUCAGCGCUCGCGGUGGUGAUGCCAUAAAAGUGAUGUUCAACCUCUAGCUUCCAAGACACGGUCAUCAAGUGCUUAUAGCAGCUAAGCUUGUCUAAUAAGAGAUAUGCUAAGAUGUCAACGCAGUUCUGCUAAGAAUAUGGUGGUGGUGAUGCUCUAAGUUUGAUGUUGAAACUCCAGCUGCCAAGACAUGGUCAUCCAGUGUUGGUAGUGUUCGAGUGAGUUUAUGUUGCAGUUCUGCCGAGGAGAUAUUGGUAAUGAUGCUAUAAAUUUGAUAGUUCAGAUUCUAGUAGAGUCGAGACAUGCUAGUGUUUGUAGCAUAUUUCUUCAAAAGGGGUUGAUAUGAUAGUAUAUAUAUAUAUAUAUAUAUAUAUAUAUGUUGUGUUUGAGAACAUAUUUACAUUUUAAAUAUACAAUUAGAGAAUAAAAGUUUGAG